GAAUUUGAAGGGAACACUAUAUGUCAGUAUGUUCUCUAAAUAUACAUUUAUGGAUCAUACAAUUAGAACCACUUCAAGAUUUGAAAAUACAAUUUUAUGAGUGAGUAACAACUAAUGGAAUAUAAUAUUUUCAAGUAAAUGUCUCCAUCUUGUGGGGGCCCUCAUAAUGGAUUUUUGGACAGAUAGACUUGAGUAAGUUAAAGAAUUAAGUUUAUCUCAUGUGUUGUUUUUAUAGCAUUGUUGUUUCAAAAUAGAAUUGCUCUAGCUUUGUGUAGAUUAAGUUUAAUCAGAAGACAAAGUAAAAAUAAACAGAAGGAACAUUAAAUUAAUAUUUGAAUCAUCUUUCUGCAAUUCGCACCAGUUUGUUAAAACGUGAAAAAAUUUUAAAUAACCCGGUCGUUUCUGUCCAAUGAUAACUGAUUCUUCUUCCAUUUUACAAAACGAGCAAUCAUGCAAAUAGACUGGCUGUUGAUUCCGUCAGUAUUCCGCACUACAUUUCCCAUGGUGCAAUGCUUUGUUGUUACGUGACAGAGGUAACUUUCAAGGCACGCAAACGCAGCAGUGUCUCGUGAUGGGGGCGGUUUGGCGUCAGUCUUUCCCGUCUGGAGUCUGACGCACUCCGACAGCCAAUAAGCUCAUGUAGCACUUCGGCGCCCGAGCCCGCUGUGGAGGCAGGAUUUCUUCAAAUAAAGAUGGCAGAUGUUGUCGAAGGAGACGGCAGUCGCUCCGCUGGCCCUUCCACGCUUCACUCGGCGGCUCGCAACGGCUCCGGUAUGAGCUCAGGAACGUGCGCCGGCGGCCUCGUCGCGACCACGGUCACCUCCGGGCCUCGGUUGGUCCGCAUCGUCAAGUCGGACUCGGGCUAUGGCUUCAAUGUCCGCGGGCAAGUAAGCGAAGGAGGGCAGCUGAGGAGCAUCAACGGCGAACUUUAUGCCCCGCUGCAGCACGUCAGCGCCGUGUUACCGGGCGGCGCGGCAGACCGAGCCGGAAUCUCGAAGGGCGACCGUAUUCUUGAAGUAAAUGGGGUGAAUGUGGAAGGGGCCACUCAUAAGCAGGUGGUAGAUCUCAUCCGAGCAGGAGAGAAAGAGUUAGUCUUGGCUGUCCUGUCGGUUCCUCAGCCAGAGACGGACAGCCUUGAUCCCGGGGACGACGGCUCAUCGCAGUCCUGCUAUGACUACAGUGACAAGCAGGCCGUGCCCAUAUCUGUGCCCACCUACAAACAUGUGGAACAGAACGGAGAGAAGUUUGUGGUCUACAAUGUGUACAUGGCAGGCAGGCAGUUGUGCUCAAAGCGUUAUCGGGAGUUUGCCAUCUUGCAUCAGAAUCUGAAGAGGGAAUUUGCCAACUUUGCAUUUCCUAAGCUGCCAGGGAAAUGGCCUUUCUCCCUGUCAGAGCAACAGCUAGACGCUCGCAGACGAGGGCUGGAGGAAUACUUGGAGAAAGUGUGUUCUGUUCGGGUAAUCGGAGAGAGCGACAUCAUGCAGGAGUUUUUGUCAGAGUCUGAUGAGAAUUAUAAUGGUGUUUCUGAUGUGGAGCUAAGGAUAGCCAUGCCAGAUAAAACUACAAUUACCGUCCGAGUGCGAAAGAAUUGCACAACAGACCAGGUCUACCAGGCUGUUGUAACAAAAAUUGGGAUGGACAGCAUUACUGCAAGUUAUUUUGCCCUGUUUGAAGUCAUUAACCACUCCUUUGCACGCAAGCUGGCCCCUAAUGAGUUUCCACAUAAGCUGUAUGUGCAGAACUAUACGUCUGCCGUCCCAGGCACCUGUCUCACGCUUCGCAAGUGGCUCUUCACCACAGAAGAAGAGAUUCUGCUCAAUGAUAAUGAGCUGGCCAUCAACUAUUGCUUUCAUCAGGCUCUGGAUGAUGUGAAAAAGGGAUUCAUCAAAGUGGAAGAGAACUCCUACCAGCUCCAAAAGCUCACUGAACAGAGGAAAAUGACCAUGUAUUUAAGUAUUCUGAGGACUUGUGAGGGCUACAAUGAGAUCACUUUCCCGCACUGCUCCUGUGACUCGCGUAGGAAAGGUCACGUCGUCACUGCGAUAAGCAUCCGCCACUUUAAACUCCAUGCGUGCACAGAGGAUGGCACUCUAGAGAAUCAGGUGAUAGCUUUUGAAUGGUCCGAGAUGCAGAGAUGGGACACAGAUGAAGAGGGAAUGGCUUUCUGUUUCGAGUAUGCACGAGGGGAGAAGAAACCUCGCUGGGUCAAAAUCUUCACUCCAUAUUUCAACUACAUGCACGAGUGCUUCGAGAGAGUCUUCUGUGAGCUCAAAUGGAGAAAAGAGGUUGAAGAGGAGGCGACGGACAAGGACAAUAAGAACUGCAGUAAAGAUGGUAUGUGCGGUAAGAAUAUCUUCCAACUGUUGAGACACAGAAGGGAUGGAGGCACAUGAACGAAGAGAUCAUCUCCUCUUGAAUUCUCAAAUACACGCACACGUACACUUAAAAGCUGCAUACAGAGACUCGGAAAACAUUUCAGACCAGUCCCAUAUGCUUAUCCACUACUGAAACACACUUACUGAAAUAAGAAGACAUGAAGCAGGAAAUGACACAACCACAAUACAACGAUCAAAAUAUGGAACUACAGGAGACUUUUUAGAGACUUACACCAUCAUUUCACUGGACUGGACAGAUUUAUGUUGGACGUACUGACCGCCAGCUCGGGACGGGAGAGACGACACUGAAAGACUAUAAUGCUCCAGGAGACAGAGGUGGUGAAGUGAUGUCUGAUGAACGCACCCUGGUCGUUGACAUGGCACCAGCAUUGUGACUAAUUCAUGUCAUGUGACUGGUCAGAUGCAGACAACCGAGAGACUGAACUGUGCUUCUGCAGAGUGCGUCAAUUUAAAGACAUGGAAACGUCGGCGGUCUGACUAAUGCAUCAUCCUGACACUAACACAUGCACCUGUGAGGGUAGAGAUGCUCUCUCAGAAUGUAUCUAUUAAAAAAAAAAAAAAGCAAAAACCAUUACUACAUUUUCCAAUUGGACAAUCAGAGUGAGAGAGGGAAAGAGAAAAGAAGCCUAGAAACAAGGGCAAGAGAGACAGAUCAAUACUUUCCAUGCUUUUCCACACUAAUUUGUCUCUUACCUCACUAUUGCCACUGUGUUGGUAGUAGGUUUGUACAGAUUUUCAGCCCUUUAGCUGAACUGAGGUUUUUAAUUUAAUUUUUUUUUGUGCUCUCAUCUGUCUUUUAUUCUCCAAAGCAGUAUUUGAUUGCGUUAGCCAUCGCCAGGCCCAGAUGGAAUUUCUGUGCUGAUUUUAUUGGAAAUUUCUGCUGAUAAAAUGUUAAAUUGGUCAAUGAUGUAAUGCUCUUUUAAAAAAAAAAAAUUUUAUUCAAAGGGGUGGGCAGGAUCGGGAAAUGUCCGUGAGCUGGGACUCGAACUCGGGACGUGUGAAGCGUAAUGGCGUUUUAUGUCCGUGCGCUGUGCACGAGGCUAUCGGAGGUGACCACCUCUUAUGAAUUAUGUUUUUAAUUUCUGAUAUGAAAUAUUUUUAGAGAUUAAUUCAGGUUCCAGAUCACUCGUUCCAUAUUACUUCAUGAUAUAUGUAAAAACAAUUCUUGAAAGAUAUAUUUAAAACUUCAAAAAAAUAAAAAUAAAUCUUUUUUUCAGUGGCUCUCAACAUUUUUGCAUUUCCAACAGUAUUUAAAGGCCCCUGGUAUUAGUUUUACUAGUAUUGCUAGUAUUUUUAUGUUGCUUUUAAUAUUUUUUGCUGUAGUUACUACAAAGCUGCUUGUUUUCAAACUGUUUUAUUAACUGAGAGUGUCAGUAUAUUAAAGGAAUUUGCCACAAUUAUUUUUUGUAAUUUCCAAAAAAAAAAUCAAGAAUUGUAUGUAUUUUAAUGAAACAGUAGUUGCUGAGAGGAAAACUGUUUUUUUUUUUUUUUUUAAGCGUUUUUAAUUAAAUUAUAUUGUUUUAAUAGAACUAUAAUGCUUGAGAACCACCAUAUGAAACCAACAUGAAUAUAAAAAUAAAAAUAUUUUUUUAAUGGGUGCUCUUGUGCGUGAAAGACCCAAACACAGCUGAAAGUAAUUUUAUUAGUAGCUAAUGAUCAAAUUAGACAUUGUAUAAUGUUUAGGGACGAGGACUAUGAUGAACUUGUGAAUCUGCAGAGAUUCUGUGUGGGUCUGGCCAAGGCUGUAGAACACCUGCCCACUGAUCAUCUGUACCAGUGCUGAGUGGGUGUUCGUUCUGUUCAUAUAUGACUUGAGUUGUAUUAACAGUGUUAUAAAUGUGAAGCACUGAAUUGGAAAGCCAGCAGUGUUAUGUGAGCGUAUUGGGCUGCUUGGUUUAUGAGUUUUAGGAUGCCAUGCCUUCAUCCGGCAGUAGGUGGCUCUGACCGCACAGGAAGCCGUCUCCAUCAAACCACGUGUGAGCGUGUUUAUCCGUUUGACUUUUUUUCUUCAGUGUUACUUAUUGUAGCGCAGGCGCAUACAAACCUGUCACUCCGGACCAGUCAUGACAUGUUUUGCACUUUUUAAACGACGCGUGUGUGAUGUGUGUAAAGACUGAUACCCCAUUUCUGUCCUGCAUUUGUUCCAUUAUGUUUUUCUGUCAUCACAUUCAUUGACUUUAAAGGGAUAUUUUGGUUUUAAUACAAGAUGAGCUCAACUGACAGCACUUUUGCCAAAAGAAAAUUACCACAAAAAAUAAUGUAAAAAGAAAAUUGGGUUACAGUGAGGUACUUAUAAUGGAAGUAACUGAAGUAAGUAUUAAAAUACUGUUUUAAUGGUACGCACACAAACAGUGUAUUAGUUGACAAAUUAUGGGGGAUAAUUUCUUAGCAAUGCCAGCUUUUAAACUCUAAAAUGACUGAACUGUUCAGUUCAAAUAAAUUUUACCAAAAUGUUUUUUUUUUUUUUUUUUAAUAUGUAAUACGUUUCAUAUUUUUGCUUUUAAAUCCUCCCAAAAUUGACCCCACAUAAUCUUUAUUUUAGCAUCUUUUUUCAUAUAAAAUAUGAAAAUGUACAAAUAUAUAUUUAAAUUGUACUAAACCUGGAAUAUUCCUUUAAUGGACGAACUGAGUGAGCGGGCGAUUAUGAACAGAAUGAUCAGUGGAUUUGAUUUUGUUGGAUUACCACAGCUGUUUUAUAUAACAGUUAUGCUGGUUAUCAUAGGAUUUCACAGAUUCAUGCAAAGUCUCUGCAUAAGCAUAUGGUUCAAAUCUCUCUUCUUUCUUGUCAGAUGGUCUGUCAUGGACUUUAAGAUGAGACUUUUACCUUUGUCUGUUUGUAUCUCUCCCCCUCUCUCAUUCUUUACUCCUUCAUUCUCUCUGUUCGUUUACUCUUGUCUUUCUCUAUUGACUGAUACUUUAAUUUAUUUGAAUAUGAAACUCAAACAGAAAUAUCUCUGUGUACAGUAUUUUCAGCGGUGUGAGUUUUUGAGUAACAUUUUCAAAAAUAAGGCACAAAUACAUUUACAAAGUGACUCUGAGGUGUAGUUUAAACCUAAAUAAGCAAUGUAGGGCACAUACUACAUGUGAAACAAAAAAGCAAGACAAACAGAAUACCUGGAGGAGGUUUUGAAAUAGAAAUCUCAAGUUACUUAAUGUAAAAGCAAAAUGUUUGGUCAUAGCAUUAUAAUAAAAUGUAACAUAUUCUUUUAAAUAAAUUGAUUUAUUGACUCAA